AUGGCUGAUGAGACAAAGGCGCAGCCUAAUGGCGCCCUGACGGUUCAACAUGCCAGAACAUCACUACUUUCAAAAGAGGAACAAGCAAAGCGGCGGCGACAAAAAUUAGCCAAUCGUGACUAUGGCCGGGGCAAGGGCGUCGACGUGCGCGGCGUUCGCGACAAGAAGUUGCGGACCAACAUGAAGAAGCAGGAGACAAAAUACCAGGAAGCCAUUUCGAAAGCGAAAGAUGCCGAAAUACUGUUGGAAAACGCACCCGGAUUCCUCGAGCCUGAACACGAACUCGAGCGAACGUACCGGGUCCGGCAGGACGAGAUCACAAGCGAGACAGCCGUGGGUACAGCGCAGAAGCGUUUUGAUUUGAAACUGGACGAACUUGGACCAUACCAUUGCGAGUAUACGAGGAAUGGCAAGGAGCUGUUGCUGGCGGGUCGCAAGGGUCAUAUUGCGACGAUGGACUUCCGGGAAGGAAAGUUGGGGUGCGAGCUUCAAUUGGGAGAGACUGUCAGAGAUGUGCGAUGGCUUCACAACAACCAGUAUUUCGCCGUGGCGCAAAAGAAGUAUGUCUAUAUCUAUGAUCGGAACGGUGUCGAGCUCCAUUGUCUGAAGAAACACGUCGAGGUGUCACACAUGGAGUUCCUACCAUAUCAUAUGCUCCUCGCGACGCUGGGAAUAUCGACCAAUCUGAAAUACCAGGACGUUUCGACCGGACAACUGGUCUCCGAAAUACACACAAAAGGCGGCGCUCCAUGCUCCCUCACACAAAACCCGUGGAACGCAAUAUGUCACAUUGGCCACCAGAACGGGACAGUCUCACUGUGGUCACCCAAUUCUUCCGAUCCACUCGUCAAACUUCUCGCACACAAAGGCCCAGUCCGCUCACUCGCAGUCGACCGCGAAGGCCGUUACAUGGUCUCGGCCGGGCAGGACAUGAAGAUGUCAGUCUGGGACAUCCGGAUGUUCAAGGAAGUCAACUCUUAUUUCACGAGAUCUCCUGCCUCUUCCGUGGCAAUAUCAGACAGCGGCUUGACAGCAGUGGGCUGGGGCACGAGCACGACGAUAUGGAAGGGCCUUUUCUCUAAACACAAAUCUGUCCAAGAAAAGGUACAAAGCCCAUAUCUGACCUGGGGCAAAGAGGGCAAGGCCGUGGAGCGAGUGCGAUGGUGUCCCUUCGAGGACGUGCUCGGGAUCGGGCACGAUCAGGGCUUCUCCUCUAUUCUGGUGCCCGGCGCUGGCGAGGCCAACUUCGACGCGCUCGAGGUCAACCCAUACGAGACCGCCAAGCAGCGGCAGGAGGCCGAAGUGAAGCAGUUGCUGAACAAGCUGCCUCCCGAGAUGAUCGCGCUGGACCCCAACUUCAUCGGCAACCUGGACCUGCGGUCCGAGAAGCAGCGGCAGGCCGAAAAGGACCUCGACGCGCCGGCCGUGAACAUCGAGGAGGAAAUCAGGAACAAGGCGCGCGGGCGCAACGGUGCGCUGAAGAAAUACAUCCGCAAGCAGAGGAAGCGAAACAUCAUCGACGAGAAGAGGAUGCGCGCGGACGAGAUUUGGGAAGAGCUGCAGAACAAGAACAAGGCACAGCACGAUCAGCAGAAGGAGGAGCUGGGGCCGGCCUUGGGGCGGUUCGCGAGGAAGGAGAGAUGA